AACAGAGACGAAAAAACCUUCGUCGGUCGCGAGUGGCUCGCGAGCGACCUGCGGAACAAGUCGUACGAGGACCUGCACGAGCUGUGGUACGUGCUGCUCAAGGAGCGAAACAUGCUGCUGACGGAACGAUACCUGGCGAGAACGAAUCGCGAACCCAUGCGAGCGCCGCAGAGGAUGACCAAGGUGAGAAAGAGCAUGGCGAGGAUUAAACUCGUGCUCACGGAGCGGGCGAGAGAGGAAGCGGGAGGAGAUCCGCAAAAGUUAUUCGAGAUGAUGCGUUUGAUAAAC